AUGAACGAUCAGUCGCAGCUGAUGAAUCAAGCGCCGAUGAUGAGUCUGAGCCAAGCUCAAGUCAUGAGCCAGCCGAUGCCACAGAUGAUGAGCCAGCCGCCUCAGAUGAUGUCACAGUCAUCUCAAGCCAUGGCGGCUCAGCAGCAGCAAAUGAUGAUGAAGAGUCAGUCUCAGCCGUUGAUGUUGAACCGAAACUACAAGGCUUGGCCUCAGCCUCAGCCUCAGCCUCAGCUACAGUUCGCGGCCCAAAAGCCUCCGUCGAAUCUGGGACGCAACAAUUGGAAAGGCAAGAAGGGCACCGACAAAAGGAAAGACCAGAGAAGAAUGGACAAGAAUCCGAAUGUCCCCAAUUUGCCACCGAGUGGUCAGACCAGUAGCGGAGGAGGCCCGGGAGGGUACAUACCCCCAACGCUUCAUGAGUUACAGUCGCAGAAUCGAAUGAAAGCCCGGAAAUUUUAUCCCAAAAAGAAGUUUAACAAUAGGUUUGCCCCUUACGCCCCAAGGAACACGACGUCCUUCAUUAUCAGAGCGAAGAAGUCCGGUGGCAUAGCCUCGCUGGUUUCGCCUUGCCCGGUGACACCUGCUGUUCUUCCCACGCCCAUUUUCUCGCCGUCGAGGGAGGUCUUGGGGGAUAUGGCGAAGGAGGAGUGGGGUGUUGAUGGGUAUGGGUCAAUGAAAGGGUUGAUUAGGCUGCGGUCGCCUGGAAAUGAUGAUGACGAGGAAGAGGGUGGUGGUGGGUCAAGUGAGAGUGACGUGGAGGAGCAUGUGGAGGUGGAGAGGAGGUUGGACCAUGAUUUGAGUCGGUUUGAGAUGAUAUACCCGAACUACAGUGGGGUUGAGUAUAACAACGUUUUGGAGAAUAGAGUGGAUGAUCAGGAUACCCAUAUAGCUCAAUUGGAGGAAGAGAAUCUGACAUUGAAGGAGAGGCUUUUCUUGAUGGAGAGGGAGUUGGGGGACUUGAGGAGGAGGAUGCAGUUUCUUGAGAGGAGGCACCAUGUAAUGGAGGUCAAUGAGGAGGUGGUAGAAAAUGGAUCUGAGAAUGAUAGUGAUGGAGGGUCAGAUGUUCCCCAUAUGGGUAUGGAGGGUGAAAGCAAUGCUGAGGUGGUAGAGUAUAUGUCCAGAGAUGGAGGAAGUAGAAAUGUUGGUGCCUUGGCUGAGAAUGAACGUGUUAGGGACGUUGAUGUAAGUAUGGAAGACUAUGUCCGCAUUGAAAUGAUUUUAAAGGACAAUGAAGUCAAAGAUGAAACAUCAAAUGAGGUUGUAGGUGACGAACAGAAAGAGGAAGUUAAGAAUGAGCUUAUACCGGAAGAGGUAUUUGGAAAUAAAAAUGAGGUUAAUGAUAAGGUGAGUAAUGAAGUUGGGACCAAGAAUGAGAAUGAGUUAAUGCAGGGUCAGGUGAAUGCGAAGAAGGAUGAGGAAAUGGGAAUUGCAUGCCCAGAGAAGAGCAUUGGCGACGGUGACUAA